CUCUGUCUCACUGUGUCUCACGGGCUGCCGUGGCCACAGACAGGACCAGUCACAAGGCUCCCUGUCCUUUCUCUCCCGACAGUGCAGGAAGCGGGCGUGCAGCCCCCAUGCAGGGUGAGCCACCCGGACCCCCACUACCCUGGCUACCAGGACAACUGUCAAAUGGCACCCUUCCCGGAGGCCGCCCUGCCCACGUCUCACCCCAAGAUCGUGUUGACCGCGCUGCCCGCCCUGGCCGUCCCGCCGUCCACGCCCACCAAGCCCGUGUCCCCCUCAGGGGUCAACGGGCUGGAGAUGUCGGAGCAGCGGAGCUGGCUGUACCUGGAAGAGAUGGUCAACUCCCUGCUCAACACGGCUCAGCAGCUGAAGGCCCUGUUGGAACAGGCCAAGCAGGCCAGCACCUACCGGGAGGCUGCAGCCCAGGCCAAGGUGCAGGCUGAUGGCGCCGAGAGGAGAGAG